UGCUUUCCAUGGUCCCGCCCUCUUGCCAUCAAGCCCCGCCCAGUCCUCUGCUGGGCCAGGCGCUCCUCUGUUCCUCUGUUAAUCUGGGCCCACCAGAUUUGGCGGAUUUGUGGAAAGCACCAAGACCUGGUAGUUAAGAAAGCCGUGAGCUCUGUCGUCUCCGCUCCUUAAUCUCUGUCGGCAACUCCGACAGAAGGCUGCCUUCCCGCCCUUGCUGUCUGACGGACCCUUUUGCUUGGAAGAUGCUUAGGUGGUGGCUCUUGCCUCGUUUUGGCCGGGAUUGGGUUUCUUUCUCUGCGCUGAAAGGGAAUGAGCCCAGGAGAGCCACCUGGGGUCAGAAGAGGUUUGCAGAGUUGACCAAGAUCCCCGGGCGGCCAUAGCGGACCUCCAGUUCUUCCCAGACCGCAGGCGCCAAGACUGGCCCCUCCAUGGCCAGCAGGUGGCAGAAGGGGGCCGGCCUGGGACAGAAUCCGAUCUUUUCCUCAUGUCUGCACUCCUUACCAUGGAGUCAGAGGAAGCUGAUCUUAGCCCUGGUUCCAUGUCAUGGCUUUAUUUAACGAAAGGCAGUAUCACGAUCAGGGGGCCUGUGGGCCGGUGCCUCGGGAUGCGGCGACUUCCCCAGCCCCGGCGGAGAGGAACCCCUCGCUGUGUUCGCCGAGGACCCGCAAAGGCGUGAGCCCGCAGGGUUGCGUCCGGCCAGGGAGGCGCGUGCAGGGGCGCGGCCGGGCGGCGCAGGUGUCCCUCGGAGGCGCGCCCCUGCUGGCCGGGCGGUUGGGGCCGCGGCCGCGCAGGACGAGACGGAGGACCGCCGGCGGCCGUGCCCGCGCGCACCCGGCGCAGGGAGGAGGGCUGGGCGAGAGGGCCGGGCCCGGAGCCGCGGCGGGGACCCCAGGGCGCCGGGCGCGGCGAGGACGGGGCUGUGCGGCGGCGCGAACCACCCCGACCGGGCGUGGGGCAAAACCCGCCACCCCGCGGCGUCGCGGGGUGGGGGCGUGGGAGGCGGCGAGGGAGCUCCCAGGCCGGGGCUCACCGCCAGGGAGCGGUUCCCGGAACUGACCCCGAACCAGGAGGCGGGCCCCGGGAGGGUAUCUGGGCCACUUGACGACUGGACAAAAGUUUCCCAAGACAUUCAGACUCCAAACUAGAGAUGGUGUCAAGCGAUGCUCGGAAAGCCUCCCUGGGUGAGAUAAAUGAAGAAGAGGCCGCUCCCUUUAAUGGGUUGGGGGGCAUGCUGCCCGUGUGCCUUUGAGCCAGCUAGCUCCGCUGCCAGCUAGCUCAGUAACUAAUUUUUGACCCCCAUUCCCUGUCUGUAAGUUGGGAAUAAUAACAGUGACUAUGGCUUGAGGUUGUGAGGACCGCAAUGAGAUUGAUUGAAGCCAUCUUGUCAAUUCGGAUGAAGGAAUGGACACACUGGACCUCAUAUCUGCUGCAGACCCGCUGGACCAACCGAGGAACCUGUAAGGAAUGCAACCCCACUAGUUUGCAAGGAAAGA